CAAUGAACCAAUGAAAAUGAUUCGACAUCCAAUGCUAUAACCAAUCAUUAUAAUGUAGCGUAAAAGUUGAAAUAUCCCAAUUUUUUGUAACUUUGAUUUACUUUCUUCGAUUCACUUUUCUACGUUUUACUGCUACUGAAUAUACUACUGAUGGACGGAUUCAGAUGGAAAAUAAUACACAUGUUUUGUCUGAUUAGCUGUAUAGUUGCUGUUACAAUAAAUACACUACAGCCAGGGAAUGAAAGUGUUGCAAACAACUUCACAGAUUACUUCAACUCUAGUGAAUGGAAUAUAACUGAUUCAUCUAUAAAUGAAACUUUCACAAAUAACAUAACAACAAAUGGGUCAAAUUCAUCAUUUGUAAUGUUUGUGACAACUACAGAAACGGUGGGUCACUUUCCACACAGUGAAAAUCAUUCUUCAAUACACCCAGGAAUAAACAACUCACAGACUUUAUAUAAUGUGUCAAAUAUUACUAAUUUUACACCAGUAAAUGUGAGUGGAACCAGAGUGAUAAAUUCAAAUCUAUCCAUAUAUGACAAAAAUGUGACAAAUAUAAAAGUGAAUAAAUUAAACCACACCAUGAAUAGCUCUGCUUAUUAUUCGGGGCAUCAUAAUCACUCGAAUGCAUCGUAUCAUCUAUUUAACAAAACAAAAAUUGCAUAUCAUGGACUCAAAAAUAAACACCCUGACUCAUAUCAUCCAAUCACACUUAAUAACAAAGCUCCUCAAAAAAUCAGGAAUCUUAAAAAGCGUGACUUCACUUCAUCCAGUGAAGACAACAGUGAAGAGGCUGAUGAAGAUAAAUGUAGCCCGGAGACAGUGACGGAGAAUACUGACGUUGAUUCCAUAUAAGGAUGUCUUGUUAUCUCACUUUAAACUUCUUUGUGUUUUAUUUCCAAAGAAGGAAAGAGGCAGCUUUCAUUGUCUAUAAGAUGUUUGCAAAAUACAGAUUUAAAUUGUCAUUGUUUAAAAAUUCAUUUCUCAUUUUUCUUUUUCUGUAAUGCAACUAAUUUCUGAUUUACCUCAAGUAGAAGUGCUAUAUUGUUCUUUCUCAAAUGUUUAACGCUAUGGUGACAACCUCAUUAUUUAUAAUAUAAUGUUUUUGUGUGACCGCAUCA